AUGCGCGGCUUCGCUCGAGGUCUCGAGGUGAAAAAGCGAUCUCUGCCGCCUCUCUGCAUUUCUUGCCUGUCCGCCGUCUUCGCUUUCCUCUUCUCGGUGUCACUCCUCUCUUCGCUUCUUCUCGCAAUUCUUUCUUCUCUUCCUCCCGCGCCUCGUCGCAGCUGCCUCUCGAAUCUUCGCCUUUUCCUCCGGAGGGAGUUUUUCUCUCUCUCCACACACACAGCACUAAAAUACAGACACCGUUGCUUAUUUAUCUCCUCGCGUUUCCUCAUUUUUGUGUGUCGACUUCCUCUUCUCCCUCUCGGAACUUCUGUCGCUUGUCUUAUUUCUUGUUCUCACUCUUCUUCCUGCUCUCUUCCCUCUCUCGAUCCACUUCCUCCCCCGCCGCAUCUUCGCGGUUGGACGGCAGGCCUUUCCGUCCCAGACGGGUUUUCGUCUUCUUCGCACCUGUCGAUACACUCGCGUCGUUUUCUUUUCGGACGCAUCUUUUCUUCUCGGGUGAUCUGUCGACGCUUCCGGGGGUCUCCGUCUGUGGCUCUGCCUCUUUUCUGGAAAAAAGCGAGAGCGGAAGCACAGCGAGCGGCAAGAACCGAGACGAGAGAAAGGAGAGAAGAGAACAAGAGCUCGAGUGUCUCCGCCAUGGAGUCGCAGACAGCCUUCUCUUCUCUGUAUCUCCUCCGGAGAAAGAUUUUUCGGGGGAGACAAGUAAAGAUUCGUCUCUCUGCGCUGCCGUCCUUUGCAUGUUCUCCGUCCCCUUCCCCUUCCUCGUCGGCUUUUUCCUUCUCGUCUGUCCGCGUUCUCCCUUCUUCGUCUGUCAACAGUCUUCGAGCGCAGCCGUCAGGCGAAGAUUCCGGUUCCUGUUCAAGACUCGCCUGCACCGUUUUCCGCGGAUCAACGCUGAAGCGGUGGACUGUGUCGAGGGACAGUACGAGAGACUCUGUUCGCUCGUCUCUGCGCGUCUUUCCUUCUCUUGCUUCUUCCAGACCCUCACCUCUCUCGCCUUCCUCUCCGCUUCCUCAGCCUUCUUGCUGCGCUGCCCUCUCUCCUCUUUCUCUUUCUUCUGUCGCUCCGUACCCUGCUCCCCUUCUCUUCUCGCCUCUGUUGUCUGGCUGCUCUUCUUCCUUUGCUUCUUCGUCGUCUUCGUCUUUUUUUCCUUCUCAGUCCCGACAGUUCUCGACGCGCAGUAUCAGUGGGAGGCUGUUCUACAAACGCCGACCGUUGCAGGUCCCGAAGCUCAAGCCCCCGAACAUUCGCAGCAAAUGGCUCGAGGGCGCUCCUCAGAAGAAAGGCAUCUGUGUCAAGGUUCGCGUACAGACGCCGCGAAAGCCUAACUCCGGUUUGCGCAAAGUCGCUCGCGUGCGCCUGAGCACCGGCCGCACCGUUCUCGUUUACAUUCCUGGAAUCGGUCACAACUUGAACGUCCACUCGGUGGUGUUGGUUCGCGGCGGCAGAUGCAAAGAUGUUCCAGGCUGCAACUACAAAGCAGUGCGCGGCGUUGCUGACCUUUUGCCUGUGAAGAAUCGCGAGAGAAAACGGUCCAAGUACGGCGUGAAGCUGUCGUCGGAAAAGAAGGAGUGGCGCCUGCAGCGGUGGAACAACAAACACCUGACGAUCGAAAAAGACCGCGAACUCUUCAACCAGUUUCGGUGGAUGACCUGGAGAAACGAGGAGGGAGAGAUGCGCACAUCGCCUCUCGCAGACGACGAAGAAGUCCCCAGACAUACGCAGCUCUUCAAUCGCUGGUACCGCCUCAAGAUGCAGCGCGAAGGCAAGGAAACCUGAGGUCACUUGCAAACCAAAGAGGGCCCACGAUGGUGGCUCUCCAUGCGCAGACGGAGCGGGGGAGAGAAGCGCGGAGGACAGGAGAGAAGCGCGGGGGACAGGAAAGAAGCGCGGGGGACAGGAGAGAAGCGCGGGGAGGCGUUCGGCACUCAGUCGGCGGUUGGGCUGGCGGACAUCGCUCGCGUACUUCAGACGUUCAGGUUUUCAGAGACCCGUUCUGUCGGAGUUUUGCGCGAGCCUUGCGUGGACUGGCGACUCCUGAAAGAAGAGAUGCCGCUGUGCAGGCCAGCGACGGCCGCCGUGAACGUCUGUCUUUUUGUUUCCUUGGGACUUUUCUGUCGAAAGCGACAGUUUUCUACACCCGCUCCGUGUGGCGCGAACGGCGCAAAAGCGAGCGCGAGGACCUAUAGACGUCGCCGAGACAGUGUAGAGAGGUCGACCCCCCAGCGGGUGCGUUUUGAUUCACUCUCUCCAUGUCGAAAAAGUAUGUUUCGGUCACUUGGGUGACGCCCUGCAUCUGUGCAUCUGAAUCGAAUCAGGAGCCUCUUUCGCUUCUGAACAUGGCGUCUAACUACUCUGCCAGACAUCGCUCUUCCCUGCGUCUUCCCUCUUUUAUCUGAGUGCGGACUCGCUAAACUGGACCAGAGAAAAGACACAGUGCAUCCAGC